AUGAUUGGCGUCGACAAUGCCGAGCUUCACCGUGCGUUGUAUGAAGUGUCUGGACCAGCCGGAGAGCCCAUCGCGCGUCUCACACCUCUCGGAUGGACCUGCGUCGGAGCAGGGGUUAGCCGUGGCGGGGGCACAAACCACUGCUGCAGCGCUAUCAUCGCCAGCAGCGAGACCCUUCUGAGUGUGGAUAAGACUUUGCGACAGUUCUGGGAAAUUGAGCAAGUGACCAGCCCAGAACACCCCAUGUCACCGGAAAACCUGGACGUCCUGACAGCGACAAAGAAACGAAUGACGUUCACCAAUGGUCGCUACUGUGUCGGGAUGCCAUGGCGGGCAGAUGCAUCACGGCCCACCAACAAUUACGACAUGGCAGCGAAGAGACUUGCGCAAACACAGAAGAGGCUGAAACGGGUCCCAGAAGUUGCAGAGCGCUAUGCAGAGACCAUUGAGAGUUACGUGAGAAAAGGGUACGUGGUGAAGGUGAAUGCAAACCCACAUGAAGCAGGAUCGUGGCUCCUUCCACACUUCCCGGUUGUCCGACUGGACAAAAGUACGACGAAAGUUCGCAUUGUGUUCGACGGGUCAGCUAAGCAUGAUGGCACCGCCCUCAAUGACCUGCUGCACACCGGUCCGAAGUUACAACGUGAUCUAUCGGCUGUUCUGCUCAGAUUUCGGCGGCAUCCGAUCUGCAUUGGCUGUGAUGUUACGGAGAUGUAUCUACAGGUUGAAGUCAGAAAAUCAGAUCGGCCAUAUCUGAGAUUCCUGUGGAAUACAGACUCGCAGUCAGCUCCAGAUGUGUACGAAUUCAACCGGGUGGUAUUCGGUCUGAACUGCUCCCCGUUCUUAGCGCAACUGGUCGCGCGAGAGCACGCUAAGACACUAGAUCCAGAAUUCGCCCGUGCAGCCGAGAUGAUGCUCGAAUCAACUUACAUGGACGACGGUAUGGACUCAGUCUCUACAAUUGCCGAGGGUGUGGCCCUGUACAAGAGUGUGACAGCAGCAUGGAAGGGAGCAGGCAUGGCAGUGAGGAAGUGGCUGUCGAAUGCUCCGGAGCUGUUGGGUCACAUACCCAGAGAGGAUCAGGCAACGCAACUCAGCCUGAACGGAGACGGCCCAUCCCAGAUUAAGACUCUAGGGAUCAGUUGGUUGAGCGACAGCGACAUGUUCAGCUUUCAGGCUGUCAUACCACCUGACGAUAUGAUGAUGACGAAGAGGAACAUCCUCCGAAAGAUCGCGACGAUCUUCGACCCGCUAGGAUUUCUGGCACCGGUGAUCAUCCGUGCCAAGAUACUGAUGCAAGAGAUCUGGGCUAGCGGUGCAACUUGGGACGAAGUGCUUCCCGUCGAACUGAGCUCACGUUGUAGACAGUGGUUCCAGGAUCUCCUUGCACUGAGCUCAAUUCAAGUGCCACGCUGCUUGCAGGCCAUUGCAGGCGCUACACCGCAAGAUGUCGAGCUUCACGUAUUUGGCGACGCAUCAGAGUUAGCGUAUGGUGCCGUCAUCUACCAACGUAUCCGCUACGCCUCCGGCGAGAUCAGCACCGUAUUUGUGUCUGCUAAGUCACGAGUUUCGCCAACUACCGCCACAAGCAUCCCACGGCUCGAAUUGAUGGCUGCUGUGCUGGGAGUCGAAAUGGCCAACGAAGUAGCCAAGGUGUUGCAGAUCAACCCGCAGAACAUCAUCUACUGGACUGACAGUAUGGACGUGAUCUGGUGGAUCCGUGGCCGGAGUCGCUUGUUCAAGACGUUCGUUGCCAACAGAGUGAGCACGAUUCACCAGGCAAGCAGCCCAGAUCAAUGGCGGUAUGUCCCUACGGCAGAGAACCCGGCUGAUAUUGUGUCGAGAGGAUGCGCCCCAACAUCGCUCACGCCGGACAGUAUGUGGUGGACCGGUCCUAGCUUCAUGGCCAAGCCGUCUGAUGACUGGCCAGUACGACAGUUACCUACAGCCCAAGCAAAGGAAACAAAGUCCAUGAAGGAGACCGUUCUGAUGAGCAGCACUGAGACGGGUACUGAUGAUGAGGGCACAGGCGCAACGGAGCCCAGUGUUUGGCGACUGGAACCGCAGCGAUACUCUGAUUUGGAGCGCUUGAUUCGUGUGCAGGCGUGGGUGAUGAGAUUUCUUCACAACGCUCGAGCGCCACAUGAACGCCGCGAACUGGGUGAAUUGACAGUGGACGAAUUGAGUGAGUCUGAGUUGAUACUGGUGAAAUCAGCGCAAGAGUCUGAGUUCCGAGAUGAGAUCAAGGCCAUCAAGAAGGGACAACCUGUGAGUUCCCAGAGCAAGAUUGCAGCACUCCAUCCACAGUUAGAUGACAGUGGUUUGCUGCGUGCAAGGAGUCGACUUCAGUACGCGGACUUCUUGCCCUCUGACACGAUCUCACCGAUCAUCCUUCCCAGGACGCAUCCAACGACUAAGCUUGUGAUCACGCGGAUCCAUGGCAACGGUCAUCACGCACUCGGCAACAAUCAAGUUCUGAACGAGUUAGUAAAGCGGUUCUGGGUUGUCGGUGCACGCGAAGCAGUCAAGGAAGUGGAUCGUCAAUGUCCUGAAUGCCAACGCCGAAAGGCCAAGCCUGCUAAGCAGCUCAUGGCGCCACUGCCAACACUCCGGAUUGAACCCGGCACCCGUGCGUUUGAAAGGGUUGGAAUCGACUUUGCAGGACCGAUGUACACCAAGCAGGGACGCCGAGCGCAGGCAAAGAGAUGGCUGUGCAUCUUCACCUGUCUUGCCACACGCGCUAUCCACAUCGAAGUAGCGUAUGGUCUUGAUACUGGAAGCUUUCUGAACUGCUUCUUCCGAAUGGUCGGACGACGUGGCGCCCCACACGAGGUGCUCACUGACAAUGGCACGAACUUUGUUGGUGCAGUAACCGAGCUACGCGAGUUGAGAAGAGAACUGGACGAGAAGAAGAUCAUCAAGGCAACCAACGGUCAACGGAUUCAGUGGCACUUCAACCCACCCGCAGCACCGCACUUCGGAGGACCAUUUGAGGUCAUGGUGAAGGCUGCCAAACGAGCACUGUACGCCAUUCUGAAGUCAGGUGACAUCACAGAUGAGGAGUUAGUGACGGCAACGAUUGGAGCAGAACACCUGAUCAACAGUCGGCCCUUGACAACGGUAUCUUCAGAUGCCAGAGACUGUACUCCUAUCUCUCCAAGUGACUUGCUGCUAGGCGACGCGAGCCACAGUAUUGAUGUACCCGGUGAUGACCCAGCAGCUAGCCUGAGGAGACGCUGGAGACGAGUCCAGGAGCUGGUCAGACAUUUCUGGGCAAGAUGGAUGCAAGAAUGGCUGCCCAUGCUGAGUGGUCGUGCCAAAUGGAAGAAACCCUACAACAACGUGCAAGUCGGUGAUGUCGUUAUCCUACUCGCCAAAGACACACCACGUGGUCAGUGGCAGCUGGGACGAGUUGUCGAUGUUCACCCAGGACGUGACGGGCUGGUACGAGUCGUGGACGUGAAGGUGAAGAACACCACGCUACGUCGCCCAAUAAGCAAGAUCUGCCCGCUGGAAGCAUGUCAGUGA